AUGCUCGAGUGUACCACAUUUACUACAAAUGACUAUACUUCUCUUGCAUUUUUUUUGUUGAAUCCCUUCUUACGAUCAUUAUGUGGUGGUCUGCCUGGUUGCUUUCUUGCAAUUAGAGGUAACAUUACCUCUUCCAAAACAUGUGAUGGAAUAUCCCAAGUGCUUUCGCAAGGCAAACAUGCUGGUAUACAAAAAGGCAAACAUGUUGGUAUACAAAAUGGUAAUCAUGCUGGUAUACAAAAUGGUAAUCAUGCUGGUAUACAAAAUGGUAAUCAUGCUGGUAUACAAAAUGGUAAUCAUGCUGGUAUACAAAAUGGUAAUCAUGCUGGUAUACAAAAUGGUAAUCAUGCUGGUAUACAAAAUGGUAAUCAUGCUGGUAUACAAAAUGGUAAUCAUGCUGGUAUACAAAAUGGUAAUCAUGCUGGUAUACAAAAUGGUAAUCAUGCUGGUAUACAAAAUGGUAAUCAUGCUGGUAUACAAAAUGGUAAUCAUGCUGGUAUACAAAAUGGUAAUCAUGCUGGUAUACAAAAUGGUAAUCAUGCUGGUAUACAAAAUGGUAAUCAUGCUGGUAUACAAAAUGGUAAUCAUGCUGGUAUACAAAAUGGUAAUCAUGCUGGUAUACAAAAUGGUAAUCAUGCUGGUAUACAAAAUGGUAAUCAUGCUGGUAUACAAAAUGGUAAUCAUGCUGGUAUACAAAAUGGUAAUCAUGCUGGUAUACAAAAUGGUAAUCAUGCUGGUAUACAAAAUGGUAAUCAUGCUGGUAUACAAAAUGGUAAUCAUGCUGGUAUACAAAAUGGUAAUCAUGCUGGUAUACAAAAUGGUUGA